AUGACUCAUAUACUUUUGCUGUACUGCUUGGUGUUUCUGUUGCCCACAGAGUCCUGUAAGACGUUAUGCCAGGCUGCCAGCAAAAGCAAGGAGAAGGUGUCUACCUGGUCGCAUGGUGUGUGCGAUGGUGUCUGCGAGGACAAUUCCCACUGCACUCAACUUUGCCCUCCAGGCACUCAGGGGAAUAUGGGAUUUUUAUGCAGGAAAAGGAAAUGGUCCAAGAUCACCGAUACCUGCCGGACUCUGAAUGCCUUCAACAUCUUUGAGGAGAAUACAUACUCGGUUCCAUCGGUGGAAGGAAGUAUCAGAAUACAUGAAUAUUCCGAAAUGCCUGAGACCAUAACAGACAUGCUGCUGCAGAAGUGUCCGAGAGAUUUGUCCUGUGUCGUUACAAAUAUUCAGCAGUCUCCGCGGAUACCAGGCAACAUCGCUGUCAUCGUGGAACUCCUACACAACAUAUCAACAGCGCUACUGACAGAUGUCGAUGAGGCAAAGAUGCAGAGUUACAGCACCAUGGCCAACCACAUUCUUAACAGCAAAAGCAUCUCAAACUGGACCUUCAUUCCUGAUAGAAACAGCAGCUGUGUCCUGCUGAGCUCAGUCAAUUCCUUUGCAAGAAAGCUAUUCAUAAAUAAACAUUCCAUUAACAUUUCCAACGUGUUCAUUCACACCAUGGGCACCACCCUAUCUGGAGACGACACUGGAAAAAAUUUCACUUUUUCAAUGAGAGUUAAUGAUACCAACAAUGAAGUCACCGGGAGGGUGCUGGUCAGCAGAGAUGAGCUUCAGAAGGUGCCUUCCCCUUCCCAGGUCAUCAGUAUUGCAUUUCCUACCCUUGGGGCCAUUCUGGAAGCCAGUCUUAUGGAAAAUGUUACUGUGAAUGGGCUUGUCCUGUCUGUCAUUUUGCCCAAGGAACUUAAAAGAAUCUCAUUGAUUUUUGAAAAGAUCAGCAAAUCAGAGGAGAGAAGGACUCAGUGUGUUGGCUGGCACUCCUUGGAGAGCAGAUGGGACCAGCAGGCCUGUGAAAUGAUUCAAGAAAACCCCCAGCAAGCUGUUUGCAAAUGUAGGCCAAGCAAAUUGUUUACCUCAUUCUCCAUUCUUAUGUCACCCCACAUCUUGGAGAGCCCAAUCCUGAUCUACAUUACGUACGUAGGCCUGGGCGUUUCUAUCUGCAGCUUGAUCCUUUGCUUGUCCAUUGAGGCCAUAGUUUGGGGCCAAGUGACAAAGACGGAGAUCUCAUAUUUACGCCACCUGUGCAUUAUCAAUGUUGCCGCCACCUUGCUGGUGGCUGACGUGUGGUUCAUCGUGGCUUCCUUUCUCAGUGGUCCAGUGACACACCACAAUGGAUGCGUGGCAGCCACGUUUUUUGUUCAUUACUUUUACCUUGCUGUGUUUUUCUGGAUGCUCGCCAAGGCACUGCUUAUCCUCUACGGAAUCCUGAUUGUUUUCCAUACGUUGCCCAAGUCAGUCCUGGUGGCAUCUCUCUUUUCAGUGGGUUACGGAUGCCCUUUGGUCAUUGCUGUUAUCACAGUUGCUGUCACCGAGCCUGGCAGAGGCUACUUACGGCCUGAGGCCUGCUGGCUCAACUGGGACAUGACCAAAGCCCUCCUGGCCUUUGUUGUCCCAGCUCUGGCCAUCGUGGUAGUAAACCUGAUCACAGUCACACUGGUGAUCGUCAAGACCCAGCGAGCUGCCAUCGGCAGUUCCAUGUUCCAGGAAGUGAGAGCUAUUGUAAGAAUCAGUAAGAACAUCGCCAUCCUCACACCGCUGCUGGGACUGACCUGGGGGUUUGGGAUAGCCACGGUCAUCGACAGUAGCUCCCUGGCCUUCCACAUCACCUUCUCCUUGCUCAAUGCCUUUCAGGGCUUCUUCAUCCUGGUUUUUGGAACAAUCCUGGAUCCAAAGAUAAGAGAAGCCUUGAAGGAACGAGUAAUCUCUGCAAAGUGGAUCUCCAGAAUAUCCGAGCAAAAGUUGGAUUCAGGGUUGUCCACAGAAGGCAGGGAGCAGGAAGAGCAGAGGGGGUCUGGAGCGCCCCACCCCACCUCCACGGGGCAGUAUCACCUGUCUGGACAGCUGCUGCAGAACGUCCGCGUGGACGGAGGGUUUGGGGGCUAG